GUGUCCUCAGAUCAGCGACGUGAGGUUCAGAGGCAACUGCUCACACACUCUUUCUGUUUAGCUGUUUGCUUGCAAGGGCAUCAAAUCUCCUUUAUUCAGACCCUUCCUUGGCUCAACUUUGCUCUCAUUCCUGCCAGUGCAGGGCCCGUGGCUACCACCAUGGCAAACCAGUACAACAUCAAUGAGGAGAAGAUCCUAAUGGACAGACAUGCCAAAGAGAUUGACUUGAUCAACAGGGACCCUAAGCAAAUUAAUGAGGAUGUCGUGAAGGUUGAUUUUGAGGACGUGAUUGCCGAGCCCGAUGGCACACACAGUAUGGACGGAGUGUGGAAAGCCAGCUACACCACCUUCACCAUCUCCAAGUACUGGUGCUACCGCAUACUCUCCGCCAUCUUUGGGAUCCCAGUUGCCCUGCUGUGGGGAUUCUGCUUCGCCUGCAUCUCUUUUUGCCACAUCUGGGCUGUCAUGCCCUGCAUCAAGAGCUACCUGAUUGAAACCCAGUGCCUGAGUCGAAUCUACUCGCUCUGCAUCCACACAUUCUGCGACCCCUUCUUUGAGGCUCUGGGCAAAAUAUUCAGCAGCAUACGAGUGGCGCUUCGCAAGGAGGUGUAGCGGUCACAAAAACAAUGUUCACGAUGGCUGCCAGGAAAAUUGGUGUUCUUUUGGUUUUGUUUUAUUUUUAUAAAAGAGGUCAGACCUUGAUGGGCUUAGGCCUCAUCCCCAUUGCCUUUAUAUAAAUGAAAACUAACUAGAUGUACAUAAUGGUGACUGAAUGCUGCUGCUUAGACAUUUAUUGAGGUGUGAUCAGAGGUAUUUAGGCAGUUCACCUUGAGGUACUUACCUGUCCAGAGAACUAUUUAUGUUGAAGUAGAUUUGAGAGUUGACAGCAGACAACAUGUCUGAUGCGUUUAUGUGAUAAGGCCUUCUCUCUUUAUGUUAAUGAAACAUUAUUAUUUGGUAAAGGUUUACUGUAUUCCUGUAGUGUCAAAAAAGAAAUGGAAGAAGAUAAAAUACCUUGUGGAAUGAUAACAAAUCUUAUGUUUUUGCCUUUAUUAAAUUAAAUUAAAUUAAAUUAAUCUAGAUGUCUUGAUUUAUCACAUGUGUGAUUUGGACCGUUCACAAAAUAAAUAUAUCUUAGAAAGUCAAACUGUUC